AUGGAAGGACAUCACCGCCGCCACGGACAUUCAAGCCAUCGGGGCGAUAAACACGAUGACACGAAAAGAGCUGAAGAACAACGCGAUGACCCGGAAUACCAAGAAAAAUUGACUAAGGAGUUGAAAGAGCGUAGACGUAGAAAAGAAAGACGCAAAAUGGCUCGAAAAGCUGUUGACUCUAAGAUGGGUUCACCAUGGUGGUCUGAAUUGAAUGCUUCGGAGGUUCUAGCCCGAGAGUGGAUGGCCGCAGAAAGAGAAGAAAGGGUGUUACGUGACGCUGACGAAUGGAACAAGAUCCAUGAGUUCAAUAAGAUUACUCAAUCCGCUCAUGAUAGAAAAUGGAAAUAUUCCGCUUUUGCUGAGGUGGAGAGAAAAUUCAAGAUUAAAAAGGCAAAGAGAGAUGAAGAAAAGAGAGAAAGAGAACACAAACUCGAAGAAGCAUGGAAUCGCGAGUUCUACCGCUGGAAUGCCGAGCUGGAGGCUGCAGGUAUCCAAGACGGCCGAUACACAAGACCUGAUGAAGACGGUGUUAUUUGGUCCCCUCAAAGCCUUUUAAAUAUCGAUAAUGAUAUUAGGAAGAUGCAUCUCGAAAAAUGUAUGCCAAGUAUUCAAGAGCCUGAAAAGAGAGGUAGACACUGCAUGGACUGCAAAGAUGAAAAAGAGGUUGGUCGUUUCUGGAAUGAGGUCCGCCGGUUCAAACUCUAG